UUGAAGAAUCUUGCAAUCUUUAAUUUAAGUCGCAAUGAAGAAAAUAUUAACAUUUGCUGUGGAUACAUUGAAUGGAACCCAAAUCAAUAUGCAACUAUGAGCUUUAUUGCUAUAUAUAACAAUAACCUUAAUCAAACAAAAACUGACUUAAUAUCCUACUUUCAAAUAUCAAAUUUAAAUGCCUUUAGUAAAUAUGAAAUAAUAGAAAAAUUACCCAUUGCACCUACUUUAAAACAUUACGUAUCAUCUUCACCAUCCAAACAUUUUAAAUCAAGCCAACAACUAUUUACAUGGUUCCCAUCUGGUCUUAGAUUUAUAUAUAAAUCAACAGCUGGCAUACUUUAUGAAAUUUUUUUUAAUUAUAAAAGCUUAGCCUGGUCAAACAUGCAAAUCAAUUUUAUAAAUGAGAAAUGUUUUGAAAUCAAACAUUUUAAAAUGAUUGGGAAUAUUAGUGGAGAUAAUACCUUAGAAGUUGUGAAAGAAGAAUUUACACUAGAAGAUGUUGUCACAAAUUUUUCAUUCAAAUCUGAUAAUUUUAUCCUCAUAACUUUUGAUCAUAUCUAUAUAUAUAAAACCCCAAAUUUCUCUAUUCCCAAUAUAUUAACAUUGCCAUCAGGAUUGCCAAUCAAAUUUAUAUUCCAAUCUUGCAGUUAUUUUGGUUUGGUUAGAGGACCGCCCGAAUUUAUCCAAAUUUUUAACUACGAUGGAACACUUAAACGAUCUUUGAAUUUCGAUCCAGAUUUUCAAAAUAUUAAAGGGAGAGACGAUAAAAGUUUUGAUUUUCAAAGCAGGAUUGAGUCACACUUUUUUGGGAAUUCUAACACAUCUCCCGGCAAAAGAACGGUUGCGGAUUACUUGUCACCUCAGCAUAUUGAUAUGUGCGCCAAUGAAUUCCUGAUAAUCAAAAGCCCAUUCGAAUCGAAUAACUUCGCUUUGUACAACAUAGUUAGCAACCAAAGAUCCCUAUUUUCACUGACCUUACCCAAACACUUAGGGCCAGUUGAAUCACUUUUAUCUAAUUCAUCUGCUCCUGUUUACGUAAAACUAGUCGAUGAUUCACAUAAUAAUUCCAUACCACCAUCUCUUACUUUCUAUAAAGAGGUAGAAAAGGGUUUCUUAAAUAAAGAAUUGAAAAAAAAUGAGGAAUCCCGUGACAAUUUUGGAUUAGAAAGGCCUGGAAGUGAAUUAGGCGAUUAUUGCGUUACCUCGUUUAAAAUCUGGCCUCAUAUAAUAUACCCUAAUAUUUAUAACGAACAGGGUAAUUUGAAUAACGAUGUAAGCCAGCUCACUUGCAUCAAAAAUCAAAAUAUAUCUUAUCUUUCCUAUCUGUUAAUGGCGAUCACUAUAGAUAAAUCAACCAACCAAUCAAGGGGCAAUUUAUCUUGCCUUGGAGCCUUAUGUUUAUUAAAAAUUCCUCUUAAAAUUAUCAAAAAUUCGGCCGAUACAUCUGAUUUAUAUCAUAAACUCGAAUUGAUACCGUUUACUAACCCUCUAAACAAUGUUGAAUCGUAUCAUUCAGACCUCGAUUGUUUCACAUCGGCUUACCAUUGGCUAGAAAACGUUGGACAUGACCUUAAACAGAACCCUUCAUUGACCUUUACUGCUCUCUCAUCGCGUAAAGCUUCAGAAAGAGGCGCUGAUUCUUUAUUCCAAAGCGUUUAUCAAGAUAGUUUUAAUCUAAAAAAUGAUGAACAUAUAAAAGCUGGAACCUAUAUAACAUUUUUUUUACCAGAUCUACUUGUAAUCGAUACCCAAAAAUUUAUUUGCAGCUUGAUCCAAAUUGAUUCCGUUAAUAGAUAUGGAUUGGAUGUACAAUUGGAAGGCUUUUAUCAUUGCCCCUCUAAAAACAAAAAUCAAGCCAUGCUCUAUGUUUUGAUUUAUCACAUGACUUUAAAUAUCCACAUGAGAUUUUUUGAGUUAUUAAACGAGGGCGUUUCACUCUUAAUCACAUCUGAAUCUAAUAACGAAAACGUUUUAAGUCACUUGGAAGAUGAUAAUCAUUGGUGUCUCUUCCUAGCGAAAGCGUUCCAAACCAGAGAUUUUGACAAAAUAAAAGUGGCUUACAUCCAUUUCCGAGAGAUCGAUAAAGUUAUGUAUCUCAAGCGAUUAGAUCUAAUAACCGAUGUAAAUGUAAGAGCAGCAGGCCUAAAUUUAAUUUGCAAAGAUUUAGAUAUGUGCGAGGCCUGGUUGAUGCACCCAAUGAAUAAUGGAAAACAUAAAGAUAAUCAUCAAAAUAUUUCUAGCUUUAGACCUUUUUGGAUAUCUUUGAACUUUCUUAACUGGGAAAGGGCUUAUAAAUGGGCUAAGGAUAAUCCCAAUUAUUUGCUGAUAUUGACAGCUUUUAGGAAAAGGUUUUUAAAGGAAUAUUUUCCCGAUGUUAAAGAAAUAAUACCAGAGUUUCUUAGCCUAUCAAGAGUGAUGAAGCAGGAGAAGGAAUUAUUAAUGAAUUGGGAUACCGUCAAGGAUUUCUUAAACAAAGAAUUAAACCAAAAUAAGGAUUUAUUAUAUCUUAUCUAAUAUUUUAGAUAUGUCUUGCAUGUUACUAUUAUGAAUUUAUUAUAUUUUGUUUGAU